AUGGCUUACAAAGACACCCGAGCAGAUCAGACUCCAGACGAUGUGCUUUCGAGCUUACCUCCGUCCCCCUCAUCGCUAGCAGAAACAGAAAAUGUUCCGGUCAUUCUCUCCACCCCAUCUUUCGCCCAGUGGAUAAAUCCCGACGGCCAAUUCCUCGAACAGUGGAUGAACAGGUUUUACCAGGUCCCUACAACGUCGGCGUCUCCAGGUCCCAUCCACGCUAUCCUUGCUGUCGUCGAUAGAAUACCAGAUGCACGUCUACCAACAAACUCCGAUGGAGUCAUAUCAGACUCUGAAGGAUUGACGAUCACGAUCGCUCAGGCAAAGGAUAUAAAUGCAAAAGCUGCAGCGCCCCGCCGGGCCAGAACAAUGGGAACAGAAGAGGCCGCCCUUGUGUUUUCAAUUGAGACCAGUAUUCCAGGUAUAUCUGAUCAGACUCGCAGGCCUGUUCAUCAGGUCGGGUUGCGGCUCGCCAACACCAUUUUUGUCAAUGGUAAUGACAAUACUCUUCUCGGAACACGCUGGGUUUACGAUUCCUCAGCAAGCAAAUAUGUCUUAGACCAAUCAGUCUCCUUGUCAAGCUGUGUAAUAACGAAUUUUGCGAGGAGUCUACAAAGCUCUUGUGGACUUCCGCUAUAUCCUGUUGGUCGGAGAAGAAAAGUCAUUUCUAGCAUGGGCAAUAUUCUCCGUCAGGUUGCGAAGCACGCUGAUGGCAGGUCGAACGAACCGAUGCCAGCUUCAUCUGAACUGGAGAAGGAGCUUCCCCGUUACAUUGCAGAACACAACAUUGCUGACCAAAGGGUCUCUGUUUGGGCCCUGGUCGAGAAGCCGGGUACUGACGUUGUACUCAGCGCAACGUCUACUCGGGAUCGCCUCGUCCAAUCAAUUCAGGCUGGUGGCAAACUCCACCGUGUUAUGAGUGGUGGAGGGGGAUGGGGUAAGAAACAAGGACUGCUGUCAUUGGAUCCCGAGAUAAGCUUUCUGGAAGCAAAGGAAUACGGACAGCUGUCAGUCCUUGAUCAUUUAUUCCCAGGUAAUGGCAGGACCCCGGUCCAAGAGCCACCGUCCUUUGAGCAGCCUACAAUGGCAAUGGACGAUUUGUCUUCGCUGUCACAAGUUGCUAGUCCAGGCGACUACGUUCAAUUCCUCGUUUCUGUUGAGCCAGGCCAGACGCACAGUGGCCUUCCAACAUUGUCAGAGCUACCUCAAGGGAGCGUUUCGUAUCAUUUCGGUAUGGUUUCUGAUGCAGAUAUGCUGGCAACCGAGGCUACUGAGCACAUAGAUCUGAUAGCCGUUCCUCGCUAUUUUGGCGCUCUAUCAGAGAAAGCAAUCACGUACUUCCAGCCCAAGAUUGAGGCAAACUCCAAGGGAGGCGUGCUUGGAACCAGCACCAAGUGUGAUAUUCCUGGAAGUCGAAUUGAGAUGACUUUGGCAUGA